GUGAUAAUCAGAUUACUGAUUUGGAAAUCUCCAAUUGUCCCAAACUAGAAAGGAUAAUUUGCUCCCACAAUCAAUUAACCGAAUUAAAAAUAAACAAUUGUCCUAAUGUAAAUAGGAUUUAUUGUUCACAUAAUCAAUUAAAAGAACUGGAUUUAACUGACCUGAAAAAAUUAGACAAAUUAUUUUGUCAAGAUAAUCCCGAUUUGCGGAAGGAAAAGAUAAAAACCUCACCUACUACCCAAUUUUUAAACUCCGACACUUUUUCCGAAGGAGAUGGAAUUACCGAACAAGAUGCCCAAGAAUAUGUGGAUAAUUUAACUUGA